UGAACCCAUUUUCUCAUAUAACACAAUACUCAAUAUAAGAUCACAGUAUAUUUUUGCUCCUUCAUUCUGUUGCAUGCUGCAAUGGCUAACGACAAAAACAAGAGAUCAUCAUCGUCGUCGUCGUCGUCAAUUUGUGAGAUUUCAAUGUUGUUGGUGGCCAACAUCAUCAGACUCUCAUCUCUCAGGUUCAGUAGUUCUUCAAACUUGUCAUCAUCAUCAUCAUCACAGCAUCAUGAGAUUGGUGGCGACAGCACCACAAACUCUGUUGGAAAAAUGAUGUCCAACAAGAACAGGAAGCACUUAUUGUUACAGCAGCCAGAGUUGAACCCUAAAAUGCCACGUUCCUAUCUAAUGAAACCCGAAAAGGAGGAAGAGGGUCCAACAAGCACCACCUUUGUGAACGACGAUGUCAAUGUGGAUGCUGACAAAUUUAUCAAAAAGAUUCGUGCCAAGAUUAUUAAUGGGAAUAAUGGAAACCCUAAUGCUACUGCUGCUCCUCCUAAACCCAAACCUUACUCCUCAUCGCCCAGUAUAUAUAGUCUCAAAGAUUAG